UUCUAGCGUAGCAGACGACUACGAACUUCAAAACAAAUAGCUGAGAAAGAGAAAAACUACACUCAAAUCAAAACUAUCAUGGAUGAGUUUCUCCAUAAAGCACUCUAUGUCGAAGAAACUGAUGAGGAUAUUGAUUUUGAGACAGCACCCAGUACGGGUCAAGAAUACUUGAGACGUGUUAUGGUUGAAUCGCGGAAAUGUGAUGCUGUCGUUGUUGCCGAUAUGACAGGGAAAAAGCUUAAAGCGCAAACCGUCUUGUACACUACUGAUUCUGGCUGUCCAGCUGCACCACCUGGUUUCCUUCCUUCAGAAGAAUGGGAAAAGUUCCAAGUUUCAGAGUUUUCCUCCAUAAGAAACCAAAUGAGCCAGUAUUUGGCUAAACAGAAACAACAAGGAAUCAAAAUUAAACCAUCCAUAACCUUACCCAGUGGAGACAAAGAAAAGGAAUGGUCGAUACUAUGCUUUGGAAAUCCAGAUGAUAAAGAAUGUUCAGGAACACCACCUAUGCUUCCCAUAAUUUUGUCGCUGAAUCAGUUUAUGGUUGAAACUCUGCUCGAGUACAAUGUGCAGUGGCUGGAGGAGACAAGUUUUUCACAACAGAGGGGUCAGUGGCUCUAUGCUUUGCUGGCAAAGUUGGAGAAACCUUUGAAGCCCGAAAUGUGUAGUCUCAUCAGAACGCUGGCGCGCUUGUGUAGCACGUUUCGAGCCAAUUUAGCUUCUGCCGAGGAUCCCCUUUUACCCCAACUUAAUCUUUUUAUAUGCCUAGUCGGUCGUUAUUUUGAUCAAACCGAUUUAGCCGAUCCGAUCAAACAAGAAAAAGAAAGAAAACAUCCCUUGACCCCCCUUUGACUCUGGCGCUGCAUUGUCAAAUAACGAUAAACUCGAAGAAGCGCUAUUUAAAAUACAAGUUUUUUGUGCUUUUUUAAAAUAUUGGAAUGUCAUUACAGUGACACUAAAUCAUAGAAUUUGAAAAAGCAUGAUAAUUUGAUCAUUUUUCAUAUUUAAAUACGUACAAAGUAUAAAGAUGGCUCUUCGAUUUGUUUUUGCCAAGUGCCCGUAGUGCAUUCUAGCGUAGCAGACGACUACGAACUUCAAAACAAAUAGCUGAGAAAGAGAAAAACUACACUCAAAUACUGUAACCAGUGGCAACCAGCCAUGGCCAGUGGCACCUACUGUAUAAAGAAAGAAAACUACAAUCAAAUCAAAACUAUCAUGGAUGAGUUUCUCCAUAAAGCACUCUAUGUCGAAGAAACUGAUCAAACAAGAAAAAGAAAGAAAACAUAGUAAAGGUGAGUUAUAUGUCUUAUUGUCUGCACGUCUGAUUUGUUUAUUUAUACUUCUUGUUCAACCCCCUGUCCCUGUGGAUAAAAAAAAGUAUUACUGACAACAAAUUUCCCGAAUUGUAUUUUUAUUUUUCUUUAUUUUUUUCUUUUUUUAAAAUUAUACUCGCCAUUUUGUAAGAAAUAAAAAAAAGUAAUGACUCAUGAUAAUAUAGUAAAAGAUCGUGGGUGAAUAAGAACAUGCAUGUGGCUGAUGGUAAUACAUUUAACACAUUUGUUUUCUUCAGGAGGGAUAGGAGGGUGGAGCUGAGUUGCUUUUGUUUUUGUUUUUUUCUUCUCCGCAAUACAGGCAGGUGAUGAAGGGGUGGUGAAAAGAAGAUUGUAGCGAUAUAGCUGGAGGAAAGGGUAAACAAGAGAUUUAGUACUGGCAGCUUUUUCCCCCCUUUAAGUUUCCGUAAUUCAACAGUAUAUAGAGAUACGUUAGAAAAUUUGAACUUGCCGUCGAUUGAACGAACCAAGAAGGAAGAAGAAGAAAAAAAUUGAGGAGAAGCAACGCCAAUAAAUAUCUUAUUGAUAUUGUCUGUUUUUCCUUUUUUUUUUUUUGCUGUAUCCAUCGACAAUCAAAUGUUCUCCGUUUUCUUCGAAAAGAUGAAACCCUUUCACAGUUGAAUAUGAUUUAAGUAGCGUAUUGAACGGCUGAAAACGACAUCGGGGAGCAGCGGAGAACACACAAAGUAAAAAUAGAUGUGACAAAAAAAUAUGGCGAGUGAAAAGGGAAGAGAGAUAUGGCCAAAUACUUUCCGAGAGUGGGGGGCUUGAUUUUAGGAGGGAAGGGGUGACACAGAGAUACAAGAGGUAGCAGCAGCAGCAGCAUUUUGGGCGAGCGAGGUGUUGGUGAAUUAAAACAAAAAUGUUUUAUGUCUUUCAUGUGAAAUGGCACAACACUUUAUGUACGAUGCUGUGACACAAACACACUAGCCCACACACACACACACAUAUACAAAUAUAUUUUUAUUGUGUUUUAAAGAGAAACAAAAUGGGGAUUUGUUAUUUUAUUUAUUUAUUUUAUUUUUUUUUUUUUUUUGCUUUUUAAUCGUUAUUGCUUAUUUGACAGCCUGACGUAUAUAUUGUGUGUGUGGGUUUCAAAACGUCUCUCUUUUUAUUUAUUAUAUAGCGCACUUCGAGUUUUAUCUGGCAAUCGAGGACGAGAGCAGGCCAUUCGUCUGACUUCCGUGGAAGAACGUGAAACAAACUGCUCUCUUUUUUGUUUGUUUUUUUUUUUUUACUCAAAAUGUCACAAUGGCGGUCGAGGGGGGACACGUCAAACAGAAAAGACAAGUAUAUAUGUAUAUAGUGUCACAUAGUAGCGCACAUAAAGUACUGAAUAUUAGAAGAAGUAAACAAAGAACGAUGAAAAAGACAACCAAAAAAAGAAAUGCCAAGACACGAAAUUAUUUAUGACGAAGAAAUUAACAAAUUUUUUUUUUUUUAAUGAUGAAAAGCUGCAAUAAUAAUAACAAAAAUGGUAGAUUUCAGUGGUGUGUGUGUGUGUGUGGGUAUAGAGCAGAGAAAACGAUAGGAUUUGUUUUCAAUUGAGAAGGUUGGGGAGGCGAGUGGUAACAACCAUGAAAAUAAAAGGUUUCCAGAGGAACGGCCACAUAGCACACACAUUCAGAUAAUAAAUCAAAUCAUUACAUAUCAAUAAACACGUAACACCCGAGAGAUACAAUACAUUGUAUAGUGGUGUAGGUGUGUAUGCCCGUGUCAAGGGUAUUCUAUAGAAGGAACAGCAACAAUAAAGAAAAAAAAAAGGGAAGAUCCAGGACCAUAGGUUACGUAACACGAACAAGGAUGGGUUGCAAUAAUAACCGUAUUUUCGUUGUUUUUAUGAUUAAUGACGUGUAUGUGUGUGUUGGUGGGUGUGUGCCUUUUAACAACAACAAAAAAAAAAAGGGGAUUUUUUUUUUUUGUGUUCGCUGCAAUAAUUCAUUAGCCUCUCCAGUCACCUUCCUUUUUUUCCUAUCUAAAUCGAUAUUCGUAGUCUUUGAUUACCCUACAGACACACGAAUGGAUGUCUUUUUAUUUCUUUUUUUUUUUGCGUAAGGCACAGGGCUCUCGUAAUUUUUAAAAAGAAGCUUUUGUUAGUUUGUUUGCAUUCUUUUCCUUUGUAGUUGUCGCCUAUCCGGAAAAAAAAAAUAAUGAUUAUGAUUUGGGGAUAUUUCGGUAUAAAUCAUCGAGCCAAAACAUACAGGGGGGGCCAGUCUGAUAGAAAAGACAAAUAGGGGAAAGGGAAAAACGGGAACCCAACAAAUCCAAAUAUAUAGGCAGUGAAAUAAGAAAACAUUUGAAACACGUAAAUUCAGGGCAGCAUAUAGUUAUGGGCGAGAAAAAUUACAGGGCAGUUAUUUGUUUUGUCGGUAGAUGGCAUUCUUUUCCUUAAUUUUGAGAGUCAUCUUAUACGCUCACACACUGGAAAUAUUAAAUUCUUCAUUUCAAAUGACAUUCCUAGUGUGUAGAUAUUUCAAGCGCCCCCGUAAAAGAAAUAGCAGACAUCAAAACACAAAUUUUAGAUAUGGCAGAUUUUGUCUUUUUUUUUUUUCAAAUUUACCCCCAAGCAAAGAAAGAAAUUAAAUUUUAAAAAUCAUAAUAAAUGCUAAUUCUCAAAAGUGUGUGUUGAAAAUUGUCGAUCCCCGUUAAUUGCAACACAAAAUAAGAAAAGAAAAAGGGAUCAAAUUAUUAUUGUUUUAAACCAACAAAACAUGCGAGAUUGUAACACAUCUCGUUAGAGGGGGUCGGGAAAUGAAUAGGACAAGAAGAAGAAGAAAAAAAAAUUAUAGUAAUUAAAGGUGCACAUCGCAUUUCCGCACUUAAAUUUGAUGAAGAAACGGCGUAUCACAAACGAUCAUUUUUCAUAUUUCCAUUUUCUCUCUCUCUUUCUAUCUUCUUUUCUUUUCGCCAUUUCUUAAAACUCAAUCAAUAAAAAAAAAUAAUAAAAUAAAAUUUCUUUUUCUUUGAUAACUUCCAGCUAUGAAACACGCCACCAAACAAAACCUGGAAGCUUAGCAGCCCAUCGCACUUGCGUCACUUCCGCCCAUUUGUUUUUUUUUUUGUUUGUGUAGCUGCGCACGCACUUUUUCAGCUCGAACUGCACACAACUUCACUGCUAUGUAGUAAACAAAAACCAAAAACAAAAAAUUCAAAAACAAAAUGUUACGACAAAAAAACCAAAAAAAUUCAAAGAUAAAAAAAAAAAAAUGUUUCUGUUGGGUCAAAGUUUGUUUCGAUUUCACUGAAGCGCACAGCACGAUUGACUUACGGAUUUCAGACGUCUAUCAUUAGAAGUUGAUGAUAUAGAGGCCGCAUCAUCGCCGCUCCUCGAUUUGUUAUGCGCGGCCCGGUGUAGGAGCAAAAUGCGACGCCACGAAUUGGCUCGUUUCUUCUUCUUCUUCUUAGCGCCACCGUCCUCCGAUUGUGCUGACGUCUUCUUCUUUCGACUCUUCAACGAGGAGCCGGUCGUCAGUAACGAGCUGCUGCUAUUACUUCGACUACACUGGCGGAACGAGUCGUCCAGCGUUGUCGAUUUGAUCGAAUCGCUGUGCUGAACAACCGAGUCAGCGCCUGAAUCGUCCUGAUCGACAGACACGCCCAGCUGAUAGUAAACGGAAAACUUGGCCGGAUCGCAAGUCCGAGUCAGAAGCUGAGCGCCAGCUUCUUGUAGAAGAUCGUCGGACGCAUCGGAAGCCACGGCGGAAUCGGAACCGACCCUUCGCAUUGCUGGCCCAUCACUGGAUGGUGCAGUACGAAGGGUCGCCACCCCGUUUUUUGGAACGGUCACUUUGUUCAACGCUUCCACUUCUUCUUCUUCUUCCACCUCCUGAUGGUGGUAAUAGAUGUCGUCGUCUUCAGAGUCUCCUUCGUUGUCCAUGAACAUGACCGAGUUGGACGAGGCAAUCAAUUGCUGCUCGAUGGGGGCCGAUUCCAGCCAUCGGCUGACGGCCUUCGUGAUGGGCCCUCCAACGGCCGGCGCCUCCUCUUCAUUCGGCGUUUCGACCGCGUUCGGUGUAGGCGAUUGCGAUGGCGUUCCGGCUCCGAUUCCCGAAUCAGAGCACAAAAGGGGACUCGUCUCUUUCGAAUUCGGUUCGCUUUCUUCCAAGAUAACUGUCCUCCAGAGUUGCGGCUGUUCCAAGCAGAGCGUCAACGCUGGCGGAGGAUCGUCGCCGCACAAAACGAUUGCUUGCGGCUCGUCGUCUUCGAAAUAGACGUCGGCCACUUCGUUCUUUGUCGUCGUCGUCAUCCAUUUGGAGGUAAACGAAAUCAUCGCACAGCGAAGCUUGCGGCUCUUCGCCAUCCAACGAGUCACGAUCGAUAGGCUCUUCAACUUUGUCGCUGACGCCCAUCAAACUGUCUCGCUCGAAAGAGUCCGUCCUGCUGCUCGGAGUCGAUUGGAUUCGACCCGAGUCGCUGGAUGCGGGCAAGAGUUGCGACAAAAGUUGAACGGCAAACAAAACGGCCGCAUCGGUGUCCUUUGGACUCGAUUCUUCUUUCUCUUCGGGAGGGACGACUUCACUGGCAAUUGUAGACGCUAAAGGCGUCGAAAACAAAGGGAAAGAUGGCGUCGAACAAAAUGCUGGUGACUCGAGCGUCUCGGCAGGAUCGGCUUCAAAAGAAGGACAAUCUUCUCGGCCGGAUGGCUCUUGAUCGCGAGCGGCGAGAGGCGGGAAAAUAGCGUCAUCGGUGGUGUUACUUAUUGUGUCGGGCGCAAGUUGGUCGUCGGAAGGCGCAUUGGAAGAGGCUAAGUCGGGAGUCGAUUGCGGCUGUUGGCCGGAAUCUUCAGUGUGGGAUGGGGAUGAUAACAGUGGGGUUGGUGGUUCGACUCGACUAGAGUGGGGCGGAUAAACGGCCUCUUCAACGAGCAAAAGAUCAUGAGACGACGAAUCGGCUGUCGGAGUGGCUGGAUCGUUGGCAACUAAACUAAUACUUGAGGCGGCCGGAAGAGUCAUUUCCUCCUUUUUUGCGUCGUUUUCUUCUUUCACGGCCGUCACUAGCGUUUCCUCUUCAGCCGUCGCAGCUUCAUCCUCUUCCUCGUCUUCGGCCGCUCCGUCAUCAGUAACCUUUUUUUUUUUUUUUAAAUAAAUAAAUAAAUAAUGAUAAUAAUGAUAGUUGAUAAGAAGAAACGAAAUGAAAAUAAACAUUCGAGAAAAAAAGAAAGAAACGAAAAGCAUUAGUCGUCAAGUCGGCAACGCUGCACAGGAUGACAGAUUCCAUCAUUCAUUUUGUUUGUUUGUUCAAGUUGUUGUUGCUGUUGUUGUUUCUUUAUGGAGGAAUUCUGAAAAAAAGAAAGAAAAAGCAUAAAGAGAAAGUGACAAGAUGCUGUGAUCAAAAGUCUAACAACAGCGAAAGAAAGAAGAACUUUGAACACUCUCAGAUCACAUUUGGAGAGGCAGUGAUCAGUUCGAGGGGUGACACAUGCUAGCUUGGACACACGAGAAUGCUACGUCUAAUAGUGGCACUAGAAGAAACUAGAACACAAAGACACAACAAUCAAGUUGGCACGAAACAAACUCACGCAUGACGGCUCUAUUCAUCUCCUUCCCUCUCUCUCUAUUUCUCUCUCUCACUGCCCUUGUCUCUACCUUGCCUUUGGUGGACAAAGCUUUCGGGGAAAAGAAAAACACAAAACUAAUGUUCUCCUUCAGGCGAACCUUUUUCACUAACAAAUUAGAAUUACAAAUGUCUUUCAACGAUUGUCAUGAAUGACGAUGAUUCGGGAGAGACAAUGUCGGCGAGAGAGGGAAAGGGAGAGAGAGAGCGAAAGAGAGAGAGAGAGCAACGACUUGGAUGUGACAAAGGUAGGGCGAGUGAGGACUGUGUGUCGUACCCUGACUAACGGCUGAAUGGGCCGGGCUAGUUUUAGCGAUUCCGUACGUUCCACCGCGUCUGCCAUUGUCGUCUGGGUCUUAUUCCGCUUCUUGCGCCUCUUCUUACGCCGACCCGUUCCAGCGCUUGCAUUGGCAACAGCCGUCGGUGGGGCCACGUCUCGUGUUCCCUUCGGUUCCAGCGCUUUCUUGUUCGAUUCGCUGCCUUCCAGCUGUUCGCCACUCUCGUCCGGCUUAGCGCCAUCCAGUUCAAUGGACUCGGUCAGCUUCUCUUCUUCAACGGAUGUCGUUACGACAACGUCGGCAUUCACAUCCAUGGCUUCUUCCAACGCCUCAAAUUCCUCCUCACCACCUUGUUCCACGUCGUACGGCUCGUACGCGUUGGGGAAGAAGACGUCGGGGUAGUAAUAGUAGAGCUGUUGUUUAUUCGGAUCGCAAAGUUGUUCCGAGCUGCCGCCGCCUGUUUUUGGUGCAUUUUUAUGAAAAAUUCAAAGUUUUUGUUUUUUUGUUUUUGUUUUCAGUUGAUUUUUUUUUUUCCCUCUCUCUCUCUUUUUGUACUUUUAUUUUAGUUUUGAAUCUUUUUCUAAUUGGUAUCACAGCUCUCACGUCGACACGGCAAUAGAUUCAGAGAGAUAGAUUGGGGAUGGGCAGCGGGGGGGAGGGCUUGAUUGAGUGGAUUGUUUUGGCACAAGACGAGAAAAGGACAAAUUUAAAUAUUUAAAAAAGGGGGGCGGGUCCAAACCAGUUGCUCGCGUAAUUUGUGAAAAAAAUAUAAUAAAUUUAAAAAAAAGAGGGACGCCUUGGAAACUAAAUGGCCGAAGGGGACAGCACUUUACGUCUUUCAACUACAAGCAACAACAUCAACAACAACAAAACUUGGUGGAAAUAAAAUAAAAAUACAGGCAGCAGCAGUUCGACCGCGACUUCAACCGACCGAAAUUUGUUUGUUUAAAUUGUACGCAAGCAUUCGUUGACUAGUCCAAAGAAAAGAAAUUAAACGCUAGUUUAAUUGUCUUGUUUAA